GGGACAUCUAGUGGGGAAAAUAUGAUGUUUAGUGAAAAGUGGAUUGUUAGUGUGGAAUUUGAGUGUGCGAAACAAUUUGGAGUUAUGGAUACGAUAUGCUGAACUCUGUGAUAUUAGUGAUAAAGUGCAUUAGAGUGUAGCCAAAAUGACAGCAAAGGAUAUCAAAGAAAAGACAGAAGAGCCUACCGAAGGCUUCAACCUCGACGGCAUCCUGUGUGAGCUGGGCAGCUUCGGCAAGUACCAACUGCUUCUGCUGCUGCUGCUCUCCUUCCGGGACUCAUUCCUCGCCAUGUGUAACUUUAACUACGUGUUCGCGGCCGCUGAGGUGCCUUACAGAUGUGCAGUACCAGAAUGCGAUUCAAUAGACUCAAGCUUCAACGCGUCCUGGUCGGAGUUUGCAUUACCCAACGCAACCAAUACGUGCUACCGAGCGGCUCCGUUCGCGCUCAACGUUUCCAGCCAGCGAUGGAACGCGACCAACUCGUGUAGCCCGGAUUACUUCAGCGCCCGGGAUACGGUGGCGUGUGAGCGCGUCGUAUAUGAAAACUACAAUAGUGUUGCGGCUGAGUUCGACCUUGGAUGCGAGCCAUGGAAGCGCACCAUGAUCGGUACCGUCCACAACAUCGGUCUCAUCAUCUCCUACAUACUCUACGGCUUUGUUUCUGACCGCUACGGUCGCAAAGUCAUCAUCGUCGGCACCCCCAUUCUCGUAGGCAUCGUGGGAUUGGUGAAGUCGUUCUCAGUCAAUUACUGGAUGCUGCUGGCUCUGGAGUUCAUCGAGACAGCCUUUGGAUACGGAAACGCUUCUAUGGUGCUUUCCUUAGAAGCCGUCAGCCAAAACGGCCGCGUCGCUUUCUCCUGCAUCUGGGACAUCUUUACCAACAUCGGCACAGCUUUCUUCGGCCUCAUCGCCUGGAAGGUCCCCUACUGGCGCCACCUACUCCGCGCCAUCUACGCCCCACUCCUAGUCGUGGUCUUCUACAUCUUCUUAAUAGAUGAGGGGGUACGCUGGCUGCUGGCUCAUAACAAGAAUGAUGAGGCUGUGAGAGUGUUGAAUAAGGUCGCGAAGAUAAAUAAUGUGGAGCUCUCUAAUAAAGCGAAGCAGAUGAUGAAGUCGAUUGAGCAGGCGAAGAGCGAAGAGAACAACAACACGCCCUCCUGCUCCACCAAGCACCUCCUCUCCGUCCUCCGCUCCCGCACCAUCCUCCUCCGCCUCACCCUCAUCUCUGCCUGCUUCAUCUGCCUCUCCUUCGUCUACACUAGCGCCAUCAUCUACUCGACGGGUAUCUUCGGCAACAAGUACCUUAACUACUCCGCGCUGCAGCUAGUGGCUGUGCCCACGCGCAUCAUCACUGCGCUGACCUUGAACCGCUUUGGGCGGAAAGCGCCGAUCUGUGUGGCGUACUGCUUAGCUGGCGUGUGUUUUAUUUCCUCUGCGUUUGUGCCGAGCUCACUCAGCUGGCUGUCCGUAGUCCUCUACCUAGUCGGCAAGAUGUGCAACAGCUACGGCAUGUUCUCUCUCUACGUCGUCAGUAUAGAGAUCUUCCCUACCACUGUGAGAAACUCGCUAGCCAAUGUGGCGAAUACCGUGGGGCGCAUUGGUGCCAUAUUGGCUCCACAAGUUCCUCUACUCGAGAAAUACAUGCACGGCUUGCCCAGCGUGGUGAUCGGGCUGGUAGCCUUCGUGCCCGGUCUGUUAGCUCUCCUGCUACCAGAGACAAGCCGGUCACCGCUGCCUGACGACAUUCAGCAGGCUGAGAAACUCGAUCAGACUGAAGACGAUGUUAAAGUUUGAGUGAUACUGAAAAAGACAUCCUAAGACUAGUGAAAAGUUUGUUGUACGUUUAUGGGUGGACAUAAAUGACGGAUAGCUUAAUGAAAAUGAUGUGAAGAAAGACAUUUUAAGAUUGAUUUGUGAAGAAUUUGUUGUACAUUUGGUGGACAUAAUGGCUGAAUAGUAUGCUAAAAUUUAAGUGUGUACGACGAUAAUGAAAAAUUCAUCGUAUAAUUCUGCGUGGGCAAAAAAGAUUGCUGAAAAAAGCGCUAAAAUUUGUUUGUGUGAAAAGACUUCUCUUCUUUCUCGAUCGCGAGACACUGCAUUCCCAUGUAUGCAGCGUCUCCACAGCGUGCGGUCAUGCGCCAUGUGAGUUGCGCGCUGCAUGCCGCCGCCAGCUGGUUACAUCUGACCAUCUCAUGGGUGCUACCCUGAGCACGCUCGCUAUCUACAUACUUGUCCCAUAAUGAUCAGCUUCUCGAGUGUAUGCUUAUCGGAACGGAAUGUCCGAAGAACCUGAACGCGCGUUCUUGGCAUAUUGUGGAGGAAUAGUUCAUACUCCCCACCACAUACCCUGCCCACCACCAGAGCGUCCACGUGUGGGAUUUAUUAAAUAUCUGUCUUGAAUACAUUUCUGGCUACGUAGCCGAAUGGCACAAACGCUCACGAAACGCUCACGAAACGAAAAGCUCGUAGAUAUCUCUAUCGCUCUUGCGUAUUGGCGCGAUAGAGCCAGACUAACCUUUCGUGGCGUUUUGCUUUCGUUUCGCGUCGCAGAAAUGCCAUUUGGCUACGGCACCUGGGCCGACCAAAAUGGUCCGUCAUGACUAGAUGUUAUUAGAACCGAUCAUUUAUUUCAUGACGACAAUUUGAAAUACGGACAUAGAUAUUGUUCAAUCGCAGUGUAAUGAUGAAUGAAUGAUAGAUAGCUAGAUUUUUUACGGUGAUUAGACUAAUAGGAGAUCCAAGAAAGGAUGGAACAGUGCCUUAGCAAUUUAGACUUUAAUAUUGACUGUGCCAAAAUAAAGAUAUAUGAUACGUUAUGGUGCUCAUAAAAUGUGUGUAAAUAAAACAUAGUUAUUACUUAUUAUGUAGCUUGAGAUUUGUGAUAUUAAUGUGGUUUACUUGUGAAUUUUUUAAAUAUAAGUAGGUACUGUAAUUAACUAGCACCUAAACUUUGGGACGUACAAAGUUAUACAAACUUGCCAUUAUCGCAAAACAAGUUGUGGUCGAUUUAGUAUUAGAAGUACUACCUAUAAUAAUUAAUAAAACACAAUCUUUAAAUAAUAUUAUUAUGGUUUUGACAUUACACCAGUCACAAUAGAAGCAUGGAGUGGAUUGGUAAACUACUCUUUCUGAGAGAAAUAUUGUUUUUACAUCUCUCAGCCGCUGAUAUUUCUAGCAAAAAUUGCUAAAGCGAAUCCUUUAAUAUUGAAACAUGUCAAAACCAAAUAAUAUUAAAUUCCAAAAAGCAUCCGACCUUAUUUAUUUGAAAUUCCAACAAACUUGUGAUGGAAGUGCUCGUAAAGCAUAAGGACAUAACUGAAAAUUGUGUCACUUAACUUCAAACUUGGGUGGAUUAACUUCAAUCCAUUCAGCUAUAAGAUUGAUUAUCUUUCAGAUCAAUAUUAUAUUUUUUAUAUACCCGGAUUUACCCAAAUUUGAAGUUAAGCGACACAAUUUAUCUAUUUUGUAUACAGCAUGUAUUUAUUGUACAUAUUGAGUGUCCAAAUUAGAAAUAAGUUUAAUAAUAAGUCGUUAUAAAAUCGCAUUUAUACUGGAUUGCAUCCCAUUAAAUACAUACAUACAAUCACGCCUGUAUCCCAUAAAGGGGUAGGCAGAACACAUGAAACUACUGCAGUUUCAGUGCCACUCUUAGCAAAUAAGGGGUUGAAAGAAAACGAAACUGUG